UUCAGUUUGUAUGUUGUUCGGAUGAUGUGCGAUUGUGAUUCUAUGGAGUUCUUAUUGCACUACAAGAAAAAUUUGGAAAUGAUAAGAAAAACACUGUGAAACUAAUGUGUUAACGGAAUUGAUGGACUCAAUACCGAAUGGCUGGGUUUAGCUGGUAUCUGUCUGAAGGCUUCCAAGUUAUAAUUGAGAAGUCUAAAGACAAGAAAUGCUCUCUAAAAGAUGUACAAUUACGUUUUUUGUGCCCUGAUGAUUUAGAAGAGGUUAGGUCUCUGUGCAGAGACUGGUUUCCUAUCGAAUACCCGCAGUCUUGGUAUGAAGACAUCACAUCCUCGGACAGGUUCUUCGCGCUCGCGGCAGUGUACAAGAACCAGAUCAUAGGUCUCAUUGUUGCCGAAAUAAAACCUUAUUUAAAACUGAAUGCCGAAGACAGAGGUAUCUUGUCGAGAUGGUUCGCUUCCAAGGAUACAUUAGUUGCUUAUAUAUUGUCAUUGGGGGUGGUGCGUUCGCACCGUCGUUCAGGAGUGGCAACGAUGCUGCUCGAUGUUCUGAUCAACCACCUGUCGGGGCCGGUGCCCCAGCCGCCGCACGAACAUCGAGUCAAGGCUAUAUUUCUGCACGUCCUCACGACCAACAACGAGGCUAUACUGUUUUAUGAACACAAAAGAUUCCUUCUACACUCGUUUCUUCCGUACUACUACUCGAUAAAGGGCCGUUGUAAAGACGGUUUCACAUACGUGUACUAUGUGAACGGGGGCCACGCGCCGUGGAGCCUCAUCGACUACAUGAAGUUCAUGGCUCGGACAGCGUGGAGGGGCGGAGGCCUUUACCCGUGGCUGUGGGGGAAACUGAGAGCGGCGCUCACUAUAGCGUGGCACAGUUUUACGUCGUCUUCGAAUACUGUAAAAUUUAGGGGUGCGGUAUUUAAGCAGUAACGUUAUUCAAUUAGAAAACGAAAUGUUUGUACAGUAUUUUUUUUAGUUUUUUUUUUUUAUAUUCUAUUUCACAAAUUAUGUUAUAGGUUAAUUAUUGUUCAAAAGAGGCAGAACAGGUGAAUGUCAUUAUAGAAUAGAGACAUGGUCCCAAUUAUCUAUAAAAUACGAAAAACAAUAAUGAUAUACAAUUAAUCUAUGCCAGAGAUUCCCAAACUGUUUUGGACAAGAGACCCCUUUUCCAAAAUGAACUGAUACCUCAGACCUCAUAUCCAAACUCCUUAACAAAUCCUAUAUCUAUUGAAAUACUUCCCAUCACUUUCUCAUCAAAACACAAACAAAAUAUAUAGAUAUAAAAUUUAGUUAGUUAAAGUUAUAGUACAACAGUGAUGCUUCCUACUAAAAUAUUGGUAAUUGUUAUUACGCGUUGGUACACGUAACACAACUUAUUACGGUAUUAACUUAACAUAGUAUCUUGAAAAUUUCUUAUAAGGACUCGUGUUAAUAGAGAUCGAUCUUUAGACCUCGACGACAUGCAAAAUUUGUUUAUGUCGACCCAUGGGAUACCGAAAUCGAACAGUAUCGGAAUCCCUAAUCUGUAAUUUUUUUAUUUAAUAUGUAGUUAUAUUGAAGCAAAAUUACACAAUACAACAUAAAUCAGUUUCUAAAAUAUAUAUAAAUCGACUCCUUCUUGAGAACUAUUAAUAUACCGAAAAUCCGGAGACCGACAACUCCUCCCUAUUACUUUAAAUUAUUAUACUCUAAAAAAAUGUCGAGGAAAGAAAGAAAAGUUAAUCAUUUAUGAGAUAAAAUUAAAGAUUUCAAAUCAUAGCGGUUACAAUUGAAUCGAAUAGUGAUUUAAAACUAAUUCAGAGUUCCUUCCGUUUACUUACAAUCAAACCUUGUUUAAUUCGACUAUAUUAUUAUGUAUGUAAUAUAAUAAUAAAUUAACAUAAUUAAUUUUUUUUAUUAUCUUAACCUCGCUCAUUCUUUAUUCAUUUCAAUUAUGAUCAUGUACAUACCUUUCGUGCCUCUUUUGUCUGUUUGUAUUGUUAACCGACCUUAAAAAAAAAACGAAGGAAGGUUUUAAUUCGUGACGUCGUUUUAUUCGUAAACUGUACUAGUGUCAACUCGGCUGACAUUACGAAAUGACAAAGUUAUAAUGUGAUAUUUUAUUUUUUGUUUUUAAUAUUAAAUACGAGGGCUUUAAAAUUUCAAUAGGCAACAAACGGAUGUGUGGUUUUCCACUUAACGAUCAUUGUCUAUAGGGUAUAUAAUUAAUAUUAUUUAUUUACCAUUUAACGCGAACGAUGAUUAUUAAUUUUACUCUGUGUAGCAGAUUAACGCUGUUCAAUUGAAUAAUGAUCGUAGUAAUUAUCGUCCAAAGGUUAUAAAGCUAUAUGAAACGUUAUCCAUAGACAAAUAUAUUUUAAUUCUAUAUUUUAAAAACGAAAUGACAUUCUAGAUAAAUAUGACAAUAGUUUAAUGAAAAAAUAAAUACUGCCUAGAACACUUCUCGGGUCUGGUCCGAAGAGUUCCAGGGUUCCAAGAAAUUGACAACAUGUACGAUAGAAUGGAGACGAUGUCUCCGUCUCAAAUAGUUAAGAGAAUUUUCUAUUGAAUUUUCAUUCAAUGUAAAGAGGCUGUUCGGAAAUAUUCUAGAUUCUUCGAUGGGUAUAACCAACCUCUUUCGCUGUAUUGCUGGUCGUUUUCGAAAGAUCAUGAUUCUUAAACUAAAGAAGAUUCUAUGAAAAUUCACUAGCAUGGAUAUUCUCUAAAUUGAUAUCUAAAAUGAUAGUCUAAACGCGGAGACCAUACUAAAAGACAAAAAAAAUAAACUAAACACAUGUACGUGUCGAACGAUUUUUGAUAAAAAUUCCUAGAUUCGGUCUUACGCUUCUGAUAUUUAUAUAUUACUUAUGUAUAAUGUAUUUGUUAUGUGAUUUUUAUGUUGACUCUUUGAUUAUUUUUUAUGUGACACUUUACCCUGCUUUCACUUAAUCUGUUCAGUCUACCUUUAGUUUCCUAUAAAAAGAACUUGUUACGAAGUAAGACUCUAUAUCUUAUUUCACUUAAAAGUAAUCAACAUCAAAAUAUCUAAAAUAAAUCAAAAAAUCUCCAUGCACCAUGUUUGCACCAUGUUUUAACUAAAGAUGGCUAUGAAAGAUGCUGCCGUCCAACAGAAGAAUUUACCUUAUGUAUAUUUUUGUUUACAUUUGAUUGAUUUCGUCCUCCCACUAUCGGGAAUAAGGAAGACCGAUGUAGUGUGCAAUACGAUCACUGAUCUAGCCGAAAUCGGGAAGAUCGGGCCGAAAAAGGACGAAAAUCCCGAAGUAUCCUUUCCCUGCACCACUGUCGCUUUAGCUUAGACUUUCUCUGGUUACCGCGCAAAUAGCUCUUACAUAAACCAGGCGAAAAUGCACAAGAAACACCAAGCAUAAUUACCGCGGGCUCCACACUGGUCAAGCCCUACGAACCCCACCAGCGAAAUAUUCUUGAGCUGUAAACGCUUUCGCUUUCCUUUCUUGUCUGUUGUUUCGUAAUGCCUGUUCCACUCUUUCAAAUUCAUGUUUGCUACACGGCAGUUAUAGGCAGGUACUUGUCACCAUGCGUCCUAAAGUUCUACCAGUAAAUGCGAUUUCAGUGUCAGAGAUCGUCAAAUUAUUCAAAAUCCUCCACAAAAAAGAAAGCCUAAUUAACCACAGCAUUACUGUAUUUAAUUUUUUCAUAUUUCAAAAAAGACUGGAAAUUACUAAUUUAUCUCUGUGAAUUAUCUUUUUUCAUCAUCGAUAAACAAUUGAACCGGUUCUGUUUCUAGCCAAGAUUUCUUUGAACAAAUCAACGUCGAUAAUGCUUAUUUAAUAAUAAUAUAUAUAUGUAUAUGUAUAUAUUUACUAAAAUGUUAAAAGAUUAAAGUUAUUCUCGAUCGUAUACAAAAUAAUGUAAGUGAUAAAGUAUAAAAAUAUUUUUGUCCUCUAAAAUAGUCCAGGGUGUACUGGAUUAUGCUUUCGAACAAAUAUGUAGGUGGCAGUUUGGUCGAAUACUGCAAGCGAUAAAAAAAAGUCGUAAUUAAACUAAAUUUACGGCUUAAUCUCACAUUUUUAUUGUCAUUAUAUUGUUUCUGAGAUUCCGAAUGCAUCACAGUUUUCGUAGUUACGGAUGACUGCCAUCGUGAGGUUAAAUUAAACUGUAAAAGUAACUAUUUAUGUCAACGAAUAGAGCAAGCCGAAGAAAAUAGUAAAAUAUUCGCGUAUUGAAAAUCUCCAGUCAUUAUCAGCUCUGAAAAUAAAAAUAGUUUUCCUUACAUUUUAAGGUAGUAGUAGAACAUAACUGUUUCGGUGUGCAUAGUGCCGUUUGCCGCUAGGGGCGCUGUUCCAACUACAUACUUUGAGUUAACUUUUACGUGAUCGAGAAGUGAAAAAACUCGCACUAAGCACACGAUUCCGAAAGCGGGCCCCUUACACCCUGUGUACUGAACUAUAUUGUACUAGUGCAUCUAAAUCGUGCCAUGAUUUACUGCCAAUGAAUUUAAAUAAAAUUAUAAGAUGUUCGUGUGUUCAGAGUAAUUUAAUAUAGAUUAAUGAAUGCCUUAACAGUGUACGUAGAGAUAAAUGUUUAUUGUAUUUUAUUUUUUCACAUAUCAUAAAGAAUGUUUCAAUCAAAUUUACGAAAUUUAUAUUGUGUUUUAAUAAAUUUAAAUAACGAGCUGUAUUGUUUACUACUGCGUCCAAAUAGGCUAUUAGACAGCAUCAUAAAACGUGUGCCAUAUGUAUGUUUAUUUACACAUUUAGACUUACAUAUAUACAUAUAGACUUUUGUUUCGUGGG